AGAGUUUUCCUCGUGAGUACAAUACCACGCCCAGCCAGAACUGAUUUAACUGUCAUUAUCAACGCCGGGCCACGCGUGCACACGUCCGUAAACACAUUCAACGUUCAAACGUUGUUCCGUCGCCACUGUCGCCUCCGUCUGCGUAUCCUGUUGCACUGAAUAUGAUCGGCAGUACAUUGAAGAUUUUCAUUAACUAAAACUGACUUUAAAUCUGGUACCAUCGAGAACCAAUAUGAGUUCUGAUUCUGUGAACAGUAGUAUUUUCAAAUUUGGUCGCCAUGAAUUUUUCAAUGAAGAAACUGAAAUGGCGAUACCAAUUCUCAUAAUUCUUGGACUGGCGACGUUAAUGGGAACGUUUGGCAACAUUCUGAUUCUUGUAGCGGUGGCAACGAGGAAAUCCCUUCACAACGUGGAAUCCAUCUUCAUCGUCAACCUGGCCUGCUCCGACAUGUACGUCACAGCCUUAGCAGAUCCCAUGAGUGUCGUAGCCAAACUUGAGGGCUCUGAUUUCUUCGACCGUAUCCCAGGACUCUGUCGCGCUAUAGGGUCGUUGUGCACGAUGUCGUGCGUGGCGUCUCUCAUGACCAUCGCCGCCAUGAGCUGCAACAGAUACAUCUUCAUCGUCCACAGCAAAUACUACAGUACCAUCUUCAAGGCCCGCAAUUGCGUCAUCUACUGCAUGAGCUUCUACUGCGUCGGACUCUGCCUCGUUCUGCUCAACUUCGCUGAUAUUGGCGACCACAACUUCGACCACAAGAGCCUUGAAUGCAUCUGGGCACGGAUGGCGACAUAUCCCUACACCGUGGUAUUCUCAAUCGUGUUGGUUUGGAUACCAAUCACUGUCACCGGAAUCUGCUAUCUGCGCAUGUACCUGCACGUGCGAGCCGUGAGAGCGCGCGUCAAGCAGUCACGUGGUGACAGGUCAAAGACCAACAAACCCCCUAGUUUCCGGCUGGCUCGAACACUGUUCAUCAUCUAUGUGGUGUUCAGCGUGUGCUGGAUCCCCUACGCACUGAUCAUUGUCCUGGACGCGAGUGACACUUUUCAUUUCGGGGCGCACGUGUACAUCGUGGUUUUUGCGCAUUUGCACCCGUCAAUCAACUGGCUUGUCUAUUACGCCACUCACCGGAAGUUUCAUAACGCGUUCCUUGAAAUCCUGCACCUCAACAAGUGUUUGAAGAGAAAACCGGAUGUGACGUCAUCAUCAGGGUCCCAAACGCCUUUUGACAGUUCGAAACAAACAAGUACCACUGAUGAGUGAUCCAUUCUUGACGAAUGAAGUAGUGAUCGAUGGUGUGAACAUUUUCCUUGCCGUCAGGGUACGAUGCCACACUAAAGAAACCACGCCUAUGGAUUGUCUUAUUGACAUUCAAUAUUAAGAUAGCUUUCUGCCGAGGAUCAUAGAAGCUCUCGUCAGGUGAACGAGUGGCGAACUUUGAACACCCAUGUAAAUGUAAUAUUUGGCAAAUCAGAUGCCAGGGUUUUAAAAACGAUUUGGCUUGAUUUCUUUAAAAUCAAUAUGAAACAUAUAAGUGAUAUUUGUCAGAUUUAAAACCCGAAACCCACUUUUGAAUUUGAGUAUAGCGAUUUUAAAUUCAUGAAAUUCCAAGAUUAAAUGUUUUAUCAAACUUUUAAAACGAAAGAAUAGUUCAAACAACAUUUAUCAGAGUGUAUCAAUUUCAAACAUACGUUCUUCCAUGAACCAUGGGAAGCGGACGUAGAAUAUCCUGACCGUUGAGUCCUUGAUAUCAGUGCCUGCUCUGCCUCGUGGCACAUUCUGUACAUUACAGAUAAGUACGAUGUGGAUUGGAUCCACGUAUAUAUAUCGAGAAAAGAUGUUAUUCUUUUGUACAUGUACAUCAUUUCGAUCAUUUAUGACAUUGUGUUCAAAUGUGAAAUAUAUUUCUUGUGAGACUUUACAUUAUCAAAGGAUGUUGUAUAAAAUCACUGGGAUUUU